UAUACGUUAAAAGUUGCAGAGAAGAAGGGGCUUGGCUCAGUUGGCUGCAUUGACAAAGACAGACAGAAAGCAGAGAUCAGACAACCAUGGCUGAGAGUACAGAGAAGACUCCUAUGCUUAAGACUUAUUUCAAAGCUGGAGCUUCUGAUGCUUCCCAGGAGCUUCAGCCCCAGCCCAAGCUACAUCAAAGAUUAAAUCGUCGUUUCAUUACAUUGGCAAUUGCUAUACUCGUCCUGCUGGUCGCCAUUGUCAUUAUAGCAGUAGUCCUUGCAGUGGUAUUGAGUAGGGACUCAAGCUCCAGUAGUACUUCAGAGUCUCUUGUUGAUUCAGUGAAUAGUGAAGAGCUGCUCCAGGCUUUGAGAGAACUUCAGGAGACAAGCAUAGAUAACAGUCGCUCUGUUUUAAAUGGUUACAAUAAUUCAGCAGAAUAUGUAUUCAAGGAGUUGGAAGACAAUGGUUAUUCACCAUACAAGCAAUACUUCACUGUUCCUGUUUUUGAGAACUUGCGUCCUAAUGAAGCUGUGUUUAGAAUUGUUGUUGAGGGACAUAAUUUUGAAUUUGCUGAGACUUCACAGUUUAAUGUAAUGACCUAUUCUGGUUCAUGUGAUGAUUGUACUGGAGAGCUUGUGUCUGUGAUGGAGGAAGGGGACAAUAACUAUGGAUGUGAUGGGGAUUUAGAUAAUGUUGAAGACAGUAUUGUUUUAAUGACUUACAAUGAUCAGAAAGGCUGCUCACUUUAUUUCAAAGCUGAAAAUGCUUUUAUUGGUGGUGCUAAGGCUGUAAUUUUUGGACGGGAUGAAGGUGAUACUAAUGGUCCUCCAGCUAGUAGAGUGUAUGAUAAAACUGCUACUGGUGAAAUAAGGACAGUUGAUAUACCAGCAAUUGGCGUCACUGCUGUUGUUGCUAGUCAACUAAUGAACUAUAAUGCUACGGUACAAGUUACCAUCUCUACAUACACAAGAGUAACUGAAGCUAUCACUUAUAAUGUAUUUGCUAGAACUGAGAGUGGCACUAAUGAAUCAACCAUUGUUGUUGGUUCUCAUUUAGAUUCUGUUCCACCUGGCCCUGGCAUCAAUGACAAUGGGAGUGGCUCAAUGGCUAACUUGAGGCUAGCAAUUUCUCUUAAGAAACUAGGAAAGACACCCAAAAACCAGAUCUUAUUUGCCUGGUGGGGUGCUGAGGAGCUUGGCCUAUUAGGCUCUACUUAUUACGUAGCUCAACUCUCAGAGCUUGAGAGAUCUGGUAUUGCUCUCAAUCUGAACUUUGACAUGAUUGCUUCACCUAAUUACAUUCGUGGAAUAUACAAUGGCUCAUCAGCUGAUGAAGAGAUCUUGGCUGCUUCAACUACAAUUCAAGAUCUUUUCAUACAAUAUUUUGAAACUAAUGAACUAGCUUAUGAUAUAGUACCAUUUACUGGUCGCUCUGAUUACGGUCCUUUUAUUGAAGUCAAUAUACCAGCUGGUGGCCUUUUCACUGGUGCUGAAUUAUUGAAAACUAAAGAGCAGUAUGAAGCUUAUGGUGGCAUUGUUAAUGCUCCAUUAGAUCCUUGCUAUCACAAAUUUUGUGACAACAUCCAAAAUAUUGCUGCAGACGUGUUUGAAGACAUGACUAGAGCUGCUGCUUACGUUAUUGAGACUUUGUUCGAACAAGAUGAUCUCAGAGAAUACCUGGAGAACGGUAUUAACAUCUGAAUCUAUAGUGACUCCUCACUCUAUUAAACUCUAUUUUUUAAGUGUGUAUGUAAUCUCAUUUAAUACUGCUAUGACCUUUGCUGAACUAAGCUAAAUUACUAUAACUUGUGAACACUGAUAUUUAUUGUGUGCUUUUUGUGUAGUUCCAGACACUCUAAGCAGUGGAACUAAAUUUUUGCUUUUGUCGUGCAUUUAAGCACAUUGCCACUUCA